AUGUCGUUUGGGAACCCCUUUGCAAGCUCAGUGUAUGAAGACGAGUCUGGAACCAGCGGUCUCGGCUACAAUGGGUUCGAAGUGUCGUUGAACUACAUCAGCGGUCUUCCAGAUCCUAAUAUUGUGUCUAACUCUUCACUGAAGUUGAUAUUCAAGUCGCUUUUGAAAAGAGAUGAUACCACCAAGGAAAAGGCAUUGAAUGAGCUUACCAGCUAUGCCGCUUUGAAAGAAAACCAACCAGAGUUGAAAGACGACUUGGUGCUGAUCACAUGGGUUCAAUUAUACCCAAAACUCUCCAUUAGCGAGAGCAAAGCUGUCCGUUCUUUAGCUCAUCAUGUUCAAACAUUGUUCAUCAGCAAUCUGCAAAAAAGUUAUGCCAAAUACUUGCAAGACACAAUUCCAAUACUUCUUACUGGGUUAUAUGAUUUGGAUACCUCGGUGGUGAACUCUACAACUAAGCAUUUACAAGCCGCUUUCAAUAAUGACCAGAACAAAGUAAAUAAUGUCUGGAUCCUGUUUCAAACACAGAUCCUUAACUUUGCGGAUCAAGUAUUGAAUAAAGAAACCAUUGACAGUUUAUCAGAUGAUAGAUUUGUCGCCAGAGAUGAAGCGGAAUUGAAGUAUUUAAGAUUAGUCAAUGCCACAAUUUCUGUUGUCAAUUACUUGAUUCAAUUAGGAUUUACCACCAACCCAACCAAAAUGGAGAAGAAUUUAGAGUUAUAUUACAAGUUCUUUACUUAUGAAAAUUUAUGGCACCUCUUACUUGUUAAUACCAACUUGAAUAACCAAAGAAUUUAUAAGACUUUGUUAAGUUUGUUAAAUUCAACUUUGAAAAAUAGACCAGACCUCAUAACAGAUAAAGCAUGGAAGCUCAUAAGUAAAAGGUUCUUAAAAUCAUUAACGUUUACCAAGAAAGUUGACUCAAAAUCUCAAAAUUCUGUUAUAUAUUCAUCGCUUGUCAUUCCAAUUCUCUCUACCUUGAUUAAUUUGGAGAAGAAUAAACCUGGUUUUCAAGAAUAUGACAAAUCUGCUAAAGAAAGAGUUGUUGGUUUAUUGAAAAUAGGCUCAUUGAACUCUGAUGCUAUCUAUUAUACCUUAUUACAAAGCUUUUUAACUUUAACAUCCAUUAUAGAUUUGCAAGAUGAAGUUGAAUCCAAGACAAUAGAAAACAUUUUAUACGAUGAUUUUAAAUCUGAGGUUUCCAAAAACUUAAGAUUCAGAAAUGGUGCUUCUUUCAUUAUCAAUUCAUUAUCAUUAUAUUUGACUAUAGUUACAAAAUUUCAAGAUAAAUCACAAACUGAAAAGCUAUUAGGAAAUAUAACUCAUGAAGUUUUACAAAUUAAGUCACCAGUUACAUCUCAAUUAACAGGUAUUUUAUCCAAAUAUGUCAAACCUGAAAUUGUUCAAAAAGAGAUUUUGGAGACAAAUCCAGAUAAUGUUAAUAAUAUAUUGUCAUUAAGCACAAAGACAGCUACUCCAAUCGAUGAGCUAUUAUCAAAAUCAUUUGACUCUCUAAAAAUCAAAUCCGAAGAUGAAUCUCAAGACAUCUCAAAAGAACCUGCAUUCACCAUCUAUGAACAUAUUAUCAAUUCAAACAUCACUGAUUAUUCUACACAAGUCAAUGAAUUUAUUGAUGAACUACCAAGUUUCGUUUCUACAAACUUCAUUGAUCAACCAAUCCGCAUUUUGAUCAAAUAUGCCGAAUCAGAUUUAUUCAGCGAAGAAGUGUUUUAUGAAUCAUUUGAGACUUUAAUCCUCAAGUUGGAGUACAUCAACGCAACUUCACAUCUAUUGAAUAGACUGGAUUCUUUCAAAAAUAGGGAUGAAUUAUUACAGAAUAGUUCUGGUUUAAAGAAACUAUUGAAAGACUCAAUCUCUAAAUAUGAUUUUACAAGUGAUUAUUUAUUCAAACCAUAUUUCACAAAUCCAACAACUAUCAUUAAUCUUUAUAAUGUUGCAGAUCAACAGGAGAAAGUUCCAAUUUUUGUUGAUUACUAUUGGAGAUAUAAUUCUGAAGAUGAUGAACUUUUCUGUUUAUUAUCUAGACAAACCAAUUUCUUGGAUCAUGCUUUAUGGAGAAGCCCAUUGGCUAUACCUGUUCAUAAGAAAGUUGAAUCAUUCUUUCCGAAACAUGCUGAUUUAAGAACUAAAUUUUUCACAAGUUUAAGACAACACGUUGUGGAUAAUGGUGCUUCUUUAGAAAUUGAAAAUCAUAUCACCAAUUUAUUGGACCAAAACCCAGAUUUGGUCAAAGAAAUUAUUCCAGAUAACUAUACAAAGACAAUCACCGAAGCUUACGGUGAAGUUAUAGACUCAAGAUUAGCUUUGGGAAACCCAUUGCAAUCGAACAUUUACAUUUUAAACACGGAAGAGAAUUCAUUCAAAGCUGAAGAGGUUGUUUCCUUGAUCAAAUAUGCACAAUUUUUGGAUAACAUGGCUUAUGAAUUCAAGCCUGAAGUUGUUUUGAACUUCAAUGUCAUUUCAGAAAUCGCUGCUGAUUACGAAUUUUUGGUUGAUGAAUCAAAAUCAAAAUUUUCAUCUGAUUCAUUAUUACAAUUUCAAAGAAUAUCAAAUGAGAAGUUCAAUAGUUUUUUUGCAAAUGAAUCUUUCAAUUCAUUAGUCUCACAAAUCAUUUCUGGUGAAUUUUCAAAUGAUUUAUUACGUUUACUUGUUGAACCAAAUUCUUCAUCAGUCUUUUCAUUCUAUCAUAACAGACUUCUAAAGCAUGUCUUAUCUGCUUUAUUCAACGCUCAAUCUCCAAAGGUUACAGAGCUUGAUAUUGAUGGGUAUGUUAAAAAGGGAAUUCGUUCAAAGGAUUCAUCAUUCUUAUUAAGUCUAACCACUGUCCUUUCUGUUUUGGGGUCAUCAUUGGCUGACCUACAAUAUGAAAGAUUAAGAAAUUUGGUCGGCUCUGAAUUAAUAGGGUUAAGACCUAUAGAAAUCAACACUGAAGGUCUCAAGAAAUUGAGUAUUUUGAAUAACUUUGUUGGCUCUGGGGAUUUUGAUUCUGAUUUUGUACCAUUUCAGCCUCAACGGUUCAAUAUGAUUAUCAAUGAAGUCAACAAAUGGUUAGAAUCUGAUGUCGCUUUUGAACCAGAAUUCGUCUUCGUUAGAUUACAAUUAUUGCAAUUUUUAACAAGUAUUAAUGGACUAGAAUUUGAAAAAACCGAAAACUUUGUUGAAUUAAGUAUUAGAGUACUACAAGAUACGAUUGGUAUUGUUAGUGUUGGAGAAGAAGACCGCUCACUAGAGUUGAAAUAUUAUUCAUUAAAGUUAUAUUUGACUUUAGAGAAACGUGGAUUAUUAGAAAAAUCUACUGCUACUGAUUUACAAUCUGAAAUUUUGGAAUUCUUCAUUAAUGAAAAUUACAAAGAGGUUAAUCGACCAGUCUUCAUUUACAACAACUUAUUGAAUAGAAUUUUGAAUAAGAUUCCUACUAAACAAUUUGGUGAACGUUAUUCAGAAUUAUUUACAAAAUUUCAGAAUUCCACAAAUUUCGAAUUGAAAAGACCAUUAUUACAAAUCAUUUCAAGGGUUAUCAUAGCAAGACAGCAGGAUUUAGUUAUCGAAUUUGAGUUAUCAAAAGAUGGUGAUGAUUUAAGUAAUUUCAAAAUUCCACAAAAUUUGAUUGAUAACGUUUUGAAAGUUCCUGAAUUUGAUGAAGAUGAUUUAGAAGAAGAAAAGAAAUUGAUCAAUUAUUUGUGGAACUGGGUAUUGAUUUUAUUAAACUUUAAAGAUAUCACAUUAAGGUUACGUGCUUUAUAUAUUAAUCAAUUACAAACUGAAAAUGAUGAAUUAAUUACAAAAUUUUUAAAUUUCAUUUCAUUAUUAAUUAAUGGAUUUAGUGAUGAUAAAGAAUUUAAUCAAAAAAUUUCAAAUGAUCAUGAUAGUUUUAUAAAUUAUGGAUUUGAGAAUUCUGUUGAUGAUUUAGUUGUCGAGGUCAGAUUAUUAUCAAUUCAUUUAUUCUAUACUAUUUUAACAUCAAUUGGUUCAUCAGCAUCAAAUUGGUUCAAUGAUAUUAAAGAUCGUAAUUUUAAAGCAAGAGUUGAACAAUUCACAAGUAAAUUCAUUUCACCAAGUUUAAUUAAUCAUAAAUUGAAUGAUUUUGAAUCUAAAUCAACUAGUUUAACAUCUAAAGAUGAUAAUUUGAAAAUCAAAAUUAAUAGAAUUACAAAUGAAAUGAAGGCAUCGUAUUUAAUUGAUGAACAAUACUUGGAGGUUGUAUUCAAAAUUCCAAUUACAUUCCCAUUAAACAAUAUUGAAGUCUUAGGACCAUCAAGAGUUGGUGUUAAAGAACAACAAUGGAAAGCAUGGUUAUUAUCAUCACAACGUAUUAUAUCAUUACAAAAUGGUGAAAUUUUAGAAAGUUUGGAGUAUUUCCUCAAAAAUGUUUCAUUCCAUUUUAAAGGAUUUGAAGAAUGUGCAAUUUGUUAUUCAAUUUUACAUCAAGAUAAUUCAUUACCUUCCAAAACAUGUUCAACAUGUAAAAAUAAAUUUCAUGCAGGUUGUUUAUAUAAAUGGUUUAAAUCAAGUGGUGGUAAUACUUGUCCAUUAUGUCGUUCAACAUUUAACUUUAGAUGA